UGGACACCAUCAGGAGGGAGAUUGUCCCGGCAGAGAGGCAAUUCUAUUCCCUACCAACAUGAAGCUGUUGCUGCUGCUGCUGUGUCUGGGCCUGACCCUGGUCUGUGGCCAUGCAGAAGAGGCUAAUUCCGAGAGAGGGAACCUCGAUGUGGACAAGCUCAAUGGGGAUUGGUUUUCUAUUGUCGUGGCCUCUGACAAAAGAGAAAAGAUAGAACAAAACGGCAGCAUGAGAUUUUUUGUGCAGCACAUCGAUGUCUUGGAGAAUUCCUUAGGCUUCAAGUUGUGUAUUAAGGAAAAUGGAGAGUGCAGGAAACUAUAUUCAGUUGCCUACAAAACGCCAAAGAUUGGCGAAUAUUUUCUUGAGUAUGACGGAGGGAAUACAUUUACUAUACUUAAGACAGACUAUGAAAGAUAUGUCAUGUUUCAUCUCGUUAAUGUCAACAAUGGGGAAGCCUUCCAGCUGAUGGAGCUCUAUGGCAGAACAAAGGAUCUGAGUUCAGACAUCAAGGAAAAGUUUGCAAAACUAUGUGAGGCGCAUGGAAUCACUAGGGACAAUAUCAUUGACCUAACCAAGACUGAUCGCUGUCUCCAGGCCCGAGGAUGAACACAGGACUGAGCCUCCAGUGCUGAGUGGAGACUUCUCACCAGGACUCCAGCAUCACCAUUUCCUGUCCACGGAGCAUUCUGAGACAAAUUCUGCGUUCUGAUUUCCAUCCUGUGUCACAGAAAAGUGCAAUCCUCGUCACUCCAGCAUCUUCCCUAGAUACCCAGGAUAACACAUCGAAAAUUAAAAGCUUUCUUAAAUUUCUCUUUGCCCCACCCAUGAUCAUUCUGCACAAAUUUCUUGUUCUUGCAGUUCAAUAAAUGAUUACCCUUGCACUUAAA